AUGUCCAUUGGAGAAAAUCUGGAAUCUGAUGUUAAGAUCCCGAGCCUUGCGCCCGGUCGACCGGAUAUACUAUUUUCGAUCCCGGAGAAGGAAAGCCCCAAAGGUUUAUGGUUUACCUUAAAAGAAGGUAGCAAGUACAACCUGCAAUUCACAUUCCGAGUGAGCAACAACCUCGUAUCUGGUCUCAAGUACACUAUCACCAUAUGGAAAACCGGUGUUAAAGGUAAUCCGUUAAUCCAAAACACUAUCUAUCUUGCUCAUUUGAAAGAUUAUGUUCUUCACGAACAAAGAAUUAUCGUAACAGUCUACAGCGCAAAAGAGAUGAUGGGUAUCUUCAGUCCCAAGGCAGAGCUUUACACGUGA